AUGAGUGCUAGGACAGGGCCCUUCACCUGCCUGGUGAUUUGUGUCUCUCCUAGGAUUACAGACUUAUGGACAAACUCCCACGUAUAUAGUAGAUCAACAAGAAAGGUUUUGGAGUCAAAUGAAGAAUCAGGCCAUAUUAUUCUCACCAUUGUUGUAUCUGGCCAUUUAUUCAUUUCCCAAAGACGGGCGGUACAGGAAGGCUUUUCAUUAAUUGAUGCUCAUAAAUGGUUGAAGAUAGUAAGAAGGGCAGAUUGUCUGUUGUUUGGUUCAAAGUUGAAAAAUGAAUGCCGCAUGUUUCGUGUUCAGUUUGGUGGAAAUUCAAAAGAGCAUGCACUGGAACACUGCUAUAAUUGUGUGCAGAAACUUGCAGACUACGUAACAGUUCAGACAACAGAUGAACAAAGCCGAGAGCUGCAUCAAGGUCCUAAUCAGCUGGCUAACAGUGAAAGUCAAGUGAAGGACUCUGAACAAAAUACAUCAGUGCUGCAUGGACCACAUCAGAUUAUAGAUAAACCUCCAGCUCAGUUAUGCACAAGCUUUCCAGAGAGACGGAGAUCGGUGACAGAGUUAGCACAGUCUGUGCUGAAAUCGUCAACAUUUGCGCUCCCCCUGGCAUAUCAGCAUUCUGUGUGGAGUGCUGAUGAAUUAGGGCCUUUUAUUCGCCUAUGUCUCAUGGAUCAGAACUUCCCAGCAUUUGUGGAAGAAGUGGAGAAGGAGUUGAAAAAACUGACAGAAGGUUGAGAAAAGUUAAUACUGUAUUUCAGGUAAUAAGUUAAGUGGACACAAAUUUGAGAGUAUUUUUUUGUCAGUGUUUUAUUUUUAAAAACAGGUGAAUCCACUUUUUAUACAUCAUUGCACAUCAACAAAUACACAGAACACAAGUUCAUGCAUCUACAUUUAUGCACGGCAUGUGAACGCUGUUAGGUCUGUAAUUCUACAAUCAAUCUUCAAAUCAACAUGAGAAAUUACAGUGUCAAACUUAAGAAUAUAUCUAGUUGCAUAGAAUAUCACCAUGCUGUAACAUUUCAACAUCAUUUAAAACAAAAGUAAAUUAUAAAAGUUUGCCUGAAUUGAAUGUACAAGAAUAUGUUGAACACAUCAGUGCAAAAGGAUUUGAGAAUUUACAUGAUUUAACCAAAAAAAAAACCCCACUUAAAAAGCAAUCUCAUAUAUAUAUAUAUAUAUUUAUAAACUGAAGUUUUUACUACAAUUAAUCAACACAGACUGUUCCAGCUUUCAAAGUCUUUGAUUAUAGGACACCCAAAAUCUUUCUAUAUUGGUUAAGCCCUUAAAAUAAAUUCAAUUUAUAUUACUCCUCUAAGUACCAGAACAGUAUAAUUCUCUCAUCUCUCAGACAUACAAUAUAAGGAAUGAAUAUCAGCAGCUUAAAAAUGAAACACUUACUGUAUUUUGGUUUUCCUCUUCCCAAAAAA